AGUUUUCUGAAAACCACACAGAGAACGAAUUCCUGAAUGGAAUUCCAGAGUCUGCUGCUGUGAAAAGCUUUCCCGAAGAAAGAAAGUCAUCAUUUUCCCCAAUGGGGAGGAAGGAUUAAAAUGAAUGUGCAGAUGAAAGUUUAAGUGAAAAAGUUUCCUACUUUUGAUCGUACUUCUUGCUGUUGCUGCUGGUGACUGGAUCUGAGUCCUGGGGAAAAAAGGCAAACGACUUUUCCUCUGAAGUAAAUGUGUAUAUGUUAAUCAUUUUUCUAUUGCAAUUCCACCACCAGACGGUCGGUCGCUCUCCGGUGAAUCAGAAACAGCAAAACUGGGUGGAAAAUAAAAGUCCUGCCCAGAAACACUCCAGCUUCUGCUGGCAGCAGAACUCGGUGCAUUUUUAAUCAUCUGGGUAAACAUCAUAAAUAUAGACAGCGUUUUUCCCAACCCCCGCUGACUUGAGCCCAAAAGUGUCCUGGAAGGGUUCUCCGGAAGCAACUGUGAGCGAGAACACAACACCCACCAGUGCGGGAGUGCAAAACUAUAAAAGAAGAACCGUUUUGUGCUAAAGGGAUUAGAGCUUCGGGUUGGAAGUCCUUGUUCUGGUACGGGAGGAGCCAGCGCCACCCAAAGUCGCUGGAGCAACUCAUUAAAUAAGGAACGAGAACCACCUCACCAAUCAACAGAGAUUCAACUUCAUCAACUCAAAUCUACUACUCAGAUUGUCAUCUAGCCUUGGAAGAAAUGCCUCGUAAGCCGUUUCCAGCACAUACCAUCAGUUCCUGCCGGCUCCCGUGGCAUGAGUUAUGAACGCACUUCAAUCCUCUAUCCUCCAACAAAACGACACCAGAAGAAUCCACUGAACGCAGCAGCUUGGCAGGGACAAGCGCGAUGCGACGCCCGGAAAGCUUCAGCUGAGAAUCAGUGCCUCACACUUGAACGCGUUUAACGAGGAAAAUUUGCCCAGCUUCAAAAGCUCCUUCGACGACUCGCCGUCAAAACUGCCAAACAAUGAAAGUUUCUUGUAAAUUAUCGCAUUUCCUAAAUCUAUGCUUCAUUUUCGCGACGCUGGCGCCGCUGGAAGCUGUUGAGCAUCAUCAUCAACGUCCUGCUGCCCAAGCGAGAGAUAAAUCAGACCCGCCGCCGUUGGAACCGGUUAAUCAUCAUUUAGGGUCGAUGCUGGCAAACAGCGGCAGGGCGGCCAACUCGACGGAAGAGUCAUCGCCGGCAAGGGUUGCCAGCGGUCGAUCGAAAGUGAAUUUUAAUACAUUGUUCAAGAGUAAAAAGGAUGCUAACGAGGGCGGUUUUGGAGGAGUUGCUGAUGAGCAUCAACGGCGCCGUUCAGCUGAAGUGCUGCUGUUGACGUCGACGUCCCGGUCCUCGACGGUUGUUGGGGAGGAGGAGGAGGAGCAGGAUGAGGAAGACCCGGAGUACGACGAUUACGGCGGAACGCGAGGAGCUGCUGAUAAUUAUGACGAGGAAGACAAAAUCAUCAAUCCGGCGGCGUUGGACAAUUUUUUCGACAAGUUCACUCCGAAGGACAAAACGCCCUUCCGGAAGGGGAACAGUGACUACGAUGAAGAAGAAGAGGACGAAGACAGUGAUGAGGGGUUAGAGACGGAGGAAGAUUCGUAUGGUGAAGGGGAGGGGGACAUUCUACCCGUGGAUGGGGGAGCUUUUGAGAGUUUUGGGAAGCCAGAUGGAACGGAAGAUGGGACUGGGGGAGGUGGAGUGAACAAAGGGGAUAGUGCAUUGCCGUACUUUUUGGUGGAGCCCCAGAGUACGCACGUGAUACGGAACAAACCUGCGAUACUGAAGUGCAAGGCGGCAAAUGCGUUGCAGGUGCACUUCAAGUGUAGCGGAAGCAACAAACCGCCGCCCUCGGUGGAGGAAUCCCACGUGGACCCCCACAGUGGGGUGCACUUCCAGGAGGUGACGGCCACCGUCUCGCGGGACCUGGUGUACGAGUACUUUGGGAAGCCCCCGUUCAAGUGCGAGUGCCACGCGUGGUCCCCGCGAGGGAAAACCGUCAGCCAGCCGGCCUCGAUUGUGGUGGCAUACCUCAAAAAGAACUUUGGCAAUCCCCCGGCGGCCAAACUGCGCGUCGAGGCCGGCCAAAAGCUGGAAAUUAAAUGCAUCACCCCGAAGGGUUAUCCGAAGCCCCAAAUCACGUGGUUGAAAAACAAUUUCACCCUCACCGGCACCGGACCCGGCCAGCUGGCGUUCAACGGCGAAGGCAGCAUCCUGCUCGGCGCUGUAAAACUACAGGACAUCGGCAACUACACGUGCGUCGCGGAGAACAUCGCCGGCAAGCGGACGUCGGACCCGAUCGAACUAAUCGUUUACGUUAAUGGAGGCUGGAGCCAGUGGAGUGCCUGGUUGGAGUGUCGCUGCCCGGGCAAACCGGCCCAGGGACGGAAGCGGACGAGGACCUGCAGCGACCCGAUUCCGCUGUACGGAGGAGCACCAUGCGUUGGGCCGAACCAGCAGAAAACGGCCGAUUGUGUCACUUGUCCAGAAGACACACAAAUCAUCACUCCAAAUGGAUUCGAGGAUAAUAAUUUUGUCCGCCGCUGGUCGACCUGGUCCACGUGGAGUGACUGCACGGCCAAGUGCGUCCAGGUGCGUCGCCGAGUGUGUCGCACGCAGAGUCUCGAGUACUACGACAAGGCCCUGGUCAAGCACCACCAGCAGUUGGUGAUGGACGACGACCAGGACCCGGACCAAUCCAGUUUUGGGUGUCACGGCAAGGACACGCAGUCGAUCGUGUGCCGCGGCGGGGACUGCGAAAUCGAUGAUACAGCCUCCGACUGGAUCUUCUACCUCGGCCUCGGCUUCAUCGUAACGCUGUGCGUCACGUUCGUGGUGUUCCUGGUGCACAUUCGCCACCGUCAGAAGUUACCCUCGUACGGUAUGGGUCGAACCGCACCCGACCCGCAGCACACGUACACGCACGAGUUCCAGAAGAAACUGACCCACAACUCGACCGGAGGACACGCCACGCCGGACAUUAACAUCCGCGUCAACAACUACGAGUACUCGAACGGGAGCACGAUGGAGGCACCGAAGAUUCCGGGCCAAAACGUCCCACUGCUUUUGCCACGGUCGAUUUCGUCGGAACAUCACUACGACGAGCCUCAGUUUGCGUCCAGCUACUCGACGCCCAUCGACAGCAAAAACCACGAAAAGGUCACCACGACGUUGGCCAACGGAGGAGCCAACCCCGUCCCGGUGACAACGACUAAUCUGUACCAUCAACAGAAGCAUUACCAGCAGCUUCAGCAGCAGAUACAUCUGUACCAGCAGCAGAACCAGCAACCACAUCCGUCUCCGGUGGCCAGCCUGAAAGGACAUCAGCACCAUCUACAGCAGCAGCAGCAAGCGUUACUUCAGAGUCAGCUGUCGUCGCUGCAGAAAGCGAGCAGUCAGCAGUACAUGAGCACGGACUCGCUGGUGACGAAUAGUAAUACCAAUACGUCCAACUCCACGUACGCCGUCGCCACCACCGACUCGCUGGAAACGUCGAGCUCCACCGGAACCAUGCACAAGUCCAACUCGAUGCGCCAGGUCGUCACCAGCGACGGCGGCUGGCUCGAGCUGGACCACCUCCAGACGUCACUCUCGAUCCCGGAGGGUGCCCUGCCGGAGUCGCUCAAAAUCAACGUCUUUCUGGCGGUGAUGUACGACUCAAAGGACACCAUUCUGGUGGAGAACCAAAUCACCCACAUUAGUCCGACGGUGGUUUGUGGGCCCGCGAAGAGCAGCUUUUCGAAACCGUUGAUUUUGAAGGUGCCGCACUGCGCGGAGGACGUUGACAAUUGGAAGAUUUCGUUGUUCUACAAGGAGGAGGUGACGAACUGCUGGAAGAAGAUUGCGUCGUCGGAGAAUGACGUGCCGAGUCCGCAGGCUUACAUUCAGUUGGAUCUGAAGAAUGCCUACAUUAUGACACGGAAGUUGGGGAAGUACAUUUUGGGCGGGGAGAAUCUGUCGCCGGAAGUGAGUGUCAUGAAGCGGUUGAAGAUCUACAUGUUCGGACCGAGUCGGAAGCCGGAAACGGACUUCAACAUCCGGGUGUACAUCCUGGAGGACUACCCGAGUGCCCUCGAGCACUGCUCGAUAAUCGAAAGCCGGAUGGGCUACUUCAUGAUCGGCCAAAGCUCCCCGUUUCACUUCUUGAACAACAAGGAGAACAUGAUCCUCCGGAUCAACUGCUCCGGCGGGUGGACCUCGAAGCAGGACACCGCCCUCCAACGCAUUCCGUUCAACCACGUGUGGAAAAACAUGUCCAUCCUGCACUGCGAGUUCCAACUCCAGAAGCUAGUCAACGAACUGCCCUGCCUGCGGGUGGAACUCGCGGCCGAGCAGGAAAACGGCACCAAGGUCCUCAUCACGUCGGUGGCCUUCUCGUGAUAGCUCAUCCGCAGUGCGCUCGGGCAGUUGAUGACGAUCUGAGGAAAAAAAGUGGUAUUCAUCGUAGCCGGUUCGGAACUAGUGAUAUUAAAGGCAGACAUAAUUACUCAAACAAAAAAGCGAGAGCAGUUGAUUGUGUGUAAGCAAAGCAAGUACCGCGUAGAGAAAUAUUUAUUGAAUUAGCUGGUUAGAGAUGGGUUACGAAAAAAAAACGAAACGUGAAAAAAGUGUAUUAAUAAUUGAGGUAAGAAAAAAAGCGAACGAACGAAAGCAAAUUGUUUAACGAUAGUGUUGUAAUAAUCCAAAAUUGUUAAUUGAAAAAGAAGUGUGCGAAGCGAAAUAGCACCCAGUUGUAGUUUGUAGUGAAAUAAAACGAAAGCCAAAUAUUAAAAAGGGAAAAAAUGUAAAACGUUAAAAAACAGUCGAGAGAAUAAAAAUGUAGAUUUGAAAACAACAAAAAAGUUUGUAUUGUAGCCAUCGACUGAAGACUGAUCGUGAGGAACAAUAAAGAAUUCAUUGAAAAAGAAAUUCA